AUUCCCUAAUUUCUCUUCGAAAUUGCAGCAUUGUGCUGAUAACGAAUUGAACGGUGAGCGUCUUCUCUGUUUCGAUUCGACCCAUCAUUCGAGGGUUCCGGAAAACGUCAUGGGCGCGAGGGAGAAGCUCUCGCUACUUUUCGAGGCUUGGCAUUUUCCGAGGCAACUCGUAGUUUUUCGAGUUUGAGUCCUUUAGAUCUGCGGAGCCUUCUACCUCUACUGAAUACCUUCCAGAUCUCCGUGUUGAGAUGUCGGUUUUGGAGAAACGUCUCGAAGAGACCACGACGCAAAACUCAACCACAACCCGGCAGCUGCUGCGACUGGAAGAAGAACAUCAGCGUCUCAUGGGAGUCACAGGAGAACUCAUUAACGCUCUAGAAAGUGCGAUUCAAGGACGCGUGGUCGAUAUGGAAAAUAUUCUUGGUUAUUGCCAGCGCGAGGUGCCGAACUUGUUAGCGCAGUUGAGCAACCAGAACACCUUGAAGCAUGCAGGAUCACCGGAUUCUCCGGAUGAAGUCAAGAUGAUGGAUUCAACAACGGGUUCGGAAGCACCGAUCGCGUCGACGCUUGUCGCGUACGAGCUCAACUAUCACCUCGUUAAAAACGAACUACUCCGAAGCGACCUGGAAACGAAGUGCCGCCUGAUUCAAGCUCUGAGAUGGCAAUUGACGAAAUGCGGGAGUUUGGAACGGAGACACUCAACACUCAUGGCAUUCAUAUCUCACGAUUUGCUCGGCUGCUUCAAAAGACAGUCGGAGUAUGCUACUCGCCUGUUGCAUCUUCUGCGCUCUCCGUCGACUCGACUCCAACAAGGAUUGUAUCGACUCAUCAAUGCAUUCGCGUCAUUUUGUAAGGGCAGGAGUUACCUCGCGAGGAAUCCGCAGCUCGUCAGCGUCAUGGUAGAUUCCCUCGCCGAUGGUCAAAUGGACCCCGUCGCGAAGGACAUGGUGAUCGCUUCGUUACAGAAACUCAGCCUCCGGCGCACGUUGGCCGUGAUCAUGGUCGACGGCGGUACGAUAGGCUGGCUCCUGAAGACCCUACCUCUGGGUUGCGACGCCGAGGGGAGUCUCAACCCCUACGCGUUCGAGUUCGCGACGGCUCUCUUCAUGAAUCUCUGCCUGUGUCCUCGGGGACGCAAGGCUUGCUCAUCAGAAGCUCAGCUGACCCUCGAUGUAAUCGAACAACUGUAUGAUCGGAACGUGCCAGAAGUCCUCCCGUACUUGAAUGGAUCAUUGUAUAGUCUGAUCUCGGAUCGAGAGCUACUGAGCGAAGCGAGAGCGAGGAAGUUCAUGGAUAAACUCCAGCAGCUCCGGAAUGGUCCCUCCGAAGAGUUAUCGAAACAAGUCAAUUGCAUCCUGGAAAAAUUGGAAACAGAUUCGACGGUGCAGGAAGACAAGGAAGACGAGAAAACUUUCCCAGAGGAAGAAGAGACUUCGACUCUGAACGACGAAACUGAAAUGGAAAUCGACCAGGGCGAGCCGUGCACUUUGGAGGAUGCAGUCGCGGGAGAGACUUUGCUCUGGAAAUUAUACACACAACCCAGCAAGCCACUGGAGCCUUAUCCGAGGCGAUCAAUCAGUACGAGCGGCUCUCGGAUACGACGCCAAACGCAGGCUGUAAAUCCGAUGCCCAAUAACCAGGAGACCAGGAAGUCGAGGUCCUCGGGUCGUAAGUCUCCGUUCGCCUCGGAGCUUCCGGCCAUAUCGCAAGCUAUCCGUAAAGCUAAUUUGGUCAAUGGCACAUCGAUGAACGUUGUACCCUCGACAGACUCCGCAAACGUGCUCCAAGUCACGCCGGUGAUUCGCACCUCACCUCCGGAACCCGUGAAUCUCCCGGAGAUCCUCAAUACGCCCUCAGUUUUAGAUUCGAUCCAUCCAGAUACAGUUUUCGCUGCGAGACCGAAGGUCAAUGGCACAUCGAUGAACGUUGUGUCCUCGACAGACUCCGCGAACGUGCUCCAAGUCACGCCGGUGAUUCGCACCUCAUCCCCGGAACCCGUGAAUCUCCCGGCGAUCCUCAAUACGCCCUCAGUUUUAGAUUCGAUCCAUCCAGAUACAGUUUUCGCUGCGAGACCGAAGGUCCCCAGGACGCCUGAAGGCGGACGGAGAUGA